GCCUUUAGCACCAAAGCUCCAGUUACCCUGAGGCUAAACUUGCAGCUCCAGCAGCGGGUCCGUUAAUCGCUGGCCCAGCGCUUGCCCACCUCCUGAGCCGUUGCCCAAGCCGGUUGCCCGCCGAGUUUAGCUUUGGACAGACCGAUCCACCGAGUUUAGCUUUGGACCGACCCAUCCAUUUGCUCACGUUCUAGAAGUGCACACUUGAGGGGGUGGAGGAGGAGAAGGGAACCGGGCAUCGAGCUCCAGUUUGCAAAGUGCACUCCCUCCUCUCCAUGCACCUGCCGGGCUGCGCGCCAGCCAUGGCGGACGGGAGCUUCUCGCUCGCUGGCCACCUGCUCCGCAGCCCGGGCGGGAGCACGUCGCGUUUGCACAGCAUCGAAGCCAUCCUGGGCUUUACCAAGGAAGACGGCAUCCUAGACACCUUUCCUGCAGAGAGGAGCUCCAGGAGCUCGAAAGAGCGGGAUCCCAGGCUGGGCGCGCAGCCUGCCUGCCCCAAGGCGCCAGCCGGAGGCUCCGAGUCUUCCCCACCAGCAGCCCCGGGAUUCGUCCCGGAGUACGAAGCUACUAGGCCCUGCUACCCCAAGGAGCAAGGAGAAGCACGUCCGAGCCCAGGACUCUCGGUUGGGCCAGCAGCAGGCGACUCGAAGCUGUCGGAGGAGGAACCUCCCAAGAAGAAGCAUCGACGCAACCGCACGACGUUCACCACUUACCAACUGCACGAGCUGGAGCGCGCCUUCGAGAAGUCCCACUACCCCGACGUGUACAGCCGCGAAGAGCUGGCCGGCAAGGUUAACCUACCCGAGGUUCGGGUCCAGGUAUGGUUCCAGAACCGACGGGCUAAGUGGAGGCGCCAGGAGAAACUGGAAGUGUCGUCCAUGAAGCUGCAGGAUUCUCCCCUCCUCUCCUUCAGCCGCUCCCCGCCUUCCUCGGCACUGGCCCCGCUGGGAACCGGCCCGGGCAGCGGGAGCGGACCUCCGGGGAGCGCCCUGCCGCUGGAGCCGUGGCUUGGGCCACCGCUGCCCGGAGGAGGCGCCACAGCGCUGCAGAGCCUGCCGGGAUUCGGGCCGCCGGGGCAGGGUCUCCCGGCCAGCUACACGCCACCACCGCCCUUCCUGAACUCCGCGCCCCUGGGUCCAGGUCUGCAGCAGCUCGGGCCACCGCCCGCGUACCCCUGCGCGCCGGCAUUCGGGGACAAGUUCUCGCUGGAAGAGGCGUACCCGCGCAACAGCAGCAUCGCCGCUCUGCGCCUGAAGGCCAAAGAGCACAUCCAGGCCAUCGGAAAGCCCUGGCAAGCCCUCUAGAGGCGCUGCGGAGUUGCUGCGAGCCCUGUGUGCACCCAGCCCAGCCUGGUGGCCGAACUUUUCUUUGCUAGCCCUGCUGCAAGCCGCCAGCCAGCCUUGGGCGGGACACUCGCGCCUACUCUUCGAAAGAGGCCAAACGGAAAUUCAGCCUCGCUGUCAGAGGGACAAACUGCGGGUCCCGCUGUCCACACCGCUCCUAGCUGCUCCCAUAAGCAUCAGCGCCUAUCAUCGGGAAGGACCAAGGAUCUUGACCUGGGAUGUUCCGGACGGCAGGAAUGGGGAGUGAGAAAAAUAGGUUGAAGAAACUUUGUAAAGUUAGUUUAAAGUAUUUUGGAGGAAAAUUAAAGAUUUGUUUGUUGCCCGGC